AUGUGCAGGGCCCACUACAACGACGACAACGACAACACAAGCUCCACUGGUUUUGAUGGUUUAUUUGAGCAUGUUCUUCGUACAGAUAAUAAAGGCAAUCGUAAUCUUUGUAUUAGGACUUAUCGACGUGUAAAACAAAUCCGUUUGCUAAUAUACGUACCUUUUGUAGCACAAAUAGUACCUUUGAUUUGUACAAAUGGUUCAUGGGCCACAAGUGGAUCAGUGAUUAACACCGGUGGUUCCGGUACUGGAUCAACACAAUUAUCCGGGCCGUUUGACGUUUUCAUUGAUAGUAAUCAAAACAUCUAUGUCGCAGAUUCCAAUAAUCAGCGUGUUCAACAAUGGCAAUCUGGACAGACAAACGGAAGUACAAUAGCAGGCGUCACUAGUCAGAGUGGCAACGGUUUCAAUCAGUUUAAUAGUCCAACAAGUGUAUUUGUGGAUAUAAAUGAUAAUUUAUAUGUGGCUGAUCUGAACAAUUAUAGAGUUCAACGUUGGGCAUCAAACAGUGUCGUUGGUACGACGGUUGCUGGUGGAAACGGACAAGGACCAGCUUUAACUCAACUUGGAACCACUUAUUCUAUCUAUGUUGACACCAAUGACUCUGUUUACGUAUCUGAACUUGGCAAUCACCGAGUAACUAAAUGGGCUUCAGGUGCCUCUAGUGGGGUAGUCGUGGCAGGCGGAGCCGGAGCUGGAAGUUCGGCAACACAAUUACAGUAUCCUGUGGGCGUAACUAUUCAGACGUCAACGGGUAACAUAUAUAUUGCCGAUCAAUCAAAUCACAGAGUGCAGCGCGUAUCACCUAGGAUGAUAGGGAAUAAAUUCUUUUGGUUGUCUACGUCAUAUAGGAAGAAUCCAGCAGGAAGUCUAACGGGAACAACGGUCGCUGGUCAAACGGGUACUUGCGGUAUAGGAUCAAGUCAACUGUGUUUUCCAAAAUCGGUACAGUUUGACACUCUUGGAAAUAUGUACAUAGUUGAUUCCAGUAACAACAGAAUUCAGCGUUGGGCACCGAAUGCCGUAUCAGGCACGACCAUUUUGCAACAAGGCUCUGGCUCUGGACUAAGUCAGUUGAAUGCACCAAAUGGGGGGAAAUUUGAUUUGCUAGGAAAUUACUACGUUGUUGACACAACAAAUAAUCGAAUAAUGAAAUAUGCUUCAUCCUGCGUUCCAACAACAACAGCUUCAACAAUUGCAACAAGUGGAUCGUCCCUGAUGUCAUCAUCUACGUCAGCAAUGCAAUAUCUAUAUAUAUCCAGCAAUAUAUUCUGGUCUAUCGACGCUACACCAUGA